UCAGUUUGGACUUGGAAGGACAGCCUCCCCUGCGCUCAGGCCCUGUCCAAACCCAGGAUGCCCCUCGUCUCACACCCAGACCACCGACCCCGGACCUCAGAGCCAAUGGAAACCACAAAGGAAGGGAGAGCUGGCGCCCCCGAGUGCCCGCAUGGCGUCCCGAAGCCCCCAGCCAGACAGCCACAAGCAAGGUGGCCCAGGAGCUUCAAGGCAGCCUCAGGAGGAUUGCGGAGCGCGUGCCCCGCCUGCUCCACGGUCUACUUCCUCCUCUUUGUCUUUUCGCUGUCCACCGUCUUCCAUUGCCACCUGCGCCUGGCCUCGGUGCCCGCCCCCUGGGCGCACCCAGCUCCCGUGCUCCUGGUCCAAGAGCACGUCUCUCAAGAGGGCGCGUGGACCAUAAACUCCAGAGGCCGGCUGGGGAACCACAUGGGCCAGUACGCCACGCUGUACGCCCUGGCCAAGCUGAACGGGCAGGCGGCCUUCAUCCCAGCGCAGAUGCACAGCGUGCUGGCGCCCAUCUUCCAGAUCUCCCUCCCGGCCCUGCACCGCGCCGUGGCCAGCAGCAUCGCGUGGGAGGACUACCCGCUGCAGGACUGGAUGGAGGAGCGCUACCGCCACAUCUCGGGCCGCUACGUGCGCCUCACGGGCUACCCCUGCUCCUGGACCUUCUACCACCACCUCCGCGCCGACAUCCUGCGCGAGUUCACGCUGCACGAGCACCUGCGCCGCCGGGCCCAGCGCUUCCUCGGGCGGCUGGCGGCGCGGCGGCCGCGGCCGGCCACCUUCAUAGGGGUCCACGUGCGUCGGGGCGACUACGUGCGCGUCAUGCCGCGGGUGUGGAAAGGCGUGCUAGCCGACCGCGGCUACCUGCAGCGGGCCCUGGACUGGUUCCGGGCCCGCCACCACGCCCCGGUCUUCGUGGUGACCAGCGACGACAUGGCCUGGUGUCAUGGGAACAUCGACAGCUCCCAGGGGGAUGUGGUGUUUGCAGGCACCGGCCUGCAAGGCUCGCCCGCCAGGGACCUGGCGCUGCUCACGCAGUGUAACCACACGGUCAUCACGAUUGGUACCUUCGGCUUCUGGGCUGCCUACCUCGCGGGGGGCGACACCAUCUACCUGGCCAACUUCACCCUGCCCGGCUCCCCCUUUGAGCUGGUCUUCAAGCCCAAGGCAGCCUUCCUUCCAGAGUGGGUGGGGAUGGCAGCCGACCUGGGGCAGGCCCUGGAGAAGGGCCCUUAGUUCUGCUGGCUCCACCCCCCUUGCUCUCCAGUCUCUGGAAGUGUGGGGCAGGAAGGGUUGGCCACUUCCUGGCCGGUUGGCAUUGGCCAGGUGACUUACU